AUGGGGAAUGUCUUGUUGUAUGAAACAAAAGAAAUUGCAGUGAAAUGGGAAAAUGAAUUUUAUUCAGCAGAGAGGCCAUACCAGUGCAAAACCUGUGACAAGUGGUUCAGUCAGAAAGGAAAUCUACAAGUACAUGAAAGAUCCCACACUGGAGAGAAGCCAUAUCAGUGCAAAACUUGUGACAAGUGGUUUAGUCAGAAAGGACAUCUACAAGUACAUGAAAGAUCCCACACUGGAGAGAAGCCAUACCAGUGCAAAACUUGUGACAAGUGCUUUGCACAAAAGGGUGAUCUAACAGCACAUGAAAGAUUCCACACUGGAGAGAAGCCAUACCAGUGCAAAACUUGUGACAAGUGGUUUGCACAAAAAAGUCAUCUAAUAGUACACGAAAGAUCCCACACUGGAGAAAAGCCAUACCAGUGCAAAACUUGUGACAAGUGGUUUAGUGUUAAAGGAAAUCUACAAGUACAUGAAAGAUCCCACACUGGAGAAAAGCCAUACCAGUGCAAAACUUGUGACAAGUGGUUUAGUGGUAAAGGAAAUCUACAAGUACAUGAAAGAUCCCACACUGGAGAGAAGCCAUACCAGUGUGAAAGCUGUGACAAGUGGUUUAGUGAUAAAAGAAAUCUACAUAGACAUGAAAGAUCCCACACUGGAGAGAAGCCAUACCAGUGCAAAACUUGUGACAAAAGGUUUGCACAAAAGCGUGAUCUAACAGUACAUGAAAGAUCCCACACUGGAGAGAAGCCAUACCAGUGUAAAAGCUGUAACAAGUGGUUUAGUGAUAAAAGAAAUCUACAUAGACAUGAAAGAUCCCACACUGGAGAGAAGCCAUACCAGUGCAAAACUUGUGACAAGUGCUUUGCACGAAAGGGUGAUCUAACAGUACAUGAAAGAUUCCACACUGGAGAGAAGCCAUACCAGUGCAAAACUUGUGACAAAGGGUUUGCACAAAAGGGUCAUCUAAAGUUACAUGAAAGAUCCCACACUGGAGAGAAGGAAUACCCGUGCAAAAGCUGUGACAAGUGGUUUAGUCAGAAAGGACAUCUUCAAGUACAUGAAAGAUCCCACACUGGAGAGAAGCUAUACCAGUGCAAAACUUGUGACCAGUGGUUUAGUCAGAAAGGAAAUCUACAUAGACAUGAAAGAUCCCACACUGGAGAGAAGCCAUACCAGUGCAAAACUUGUGACAAGUGCUUUGCACGAAAGGGUGUUCUAACAGUACAUGAAAGAUCCCACACUGGAGAGAAGCCAUACCAGUGCAAAAGCUGUGACAAGAGGUUUACUCAGAAAAGAAGUCUACAAGUUCAUAAUAGAUCUCACACUGGAGAGAAGCCAUACCAGUGCAAAACUUGUGAUAAGUGGUUUACACAAAAAGAAACUCUAAAAGCACAUAUGAGAUCUCAUACUGGAGAGAAGCCAUACCGGUGUAAAACGUGUGGUAAGCUGUUUAUGCAGAAAAGCAAACUACAAGUACAUCAAAGAUCCCACACUGGAGAGAAGCCCUACCAGUGUAAAAGCUGUGACAAGUGGUUUAGUCGUAAAACAAUUCUGAGAGUACAUAAAAGAUCCCAUGCUGGAGAGAAGCCAUACCAGUGCAAAGCUUGUGACAAGUGGUUUACUCAGAAGGGAACACUUCAAAGGCAUGAAAAAUUGCACUCUGGACAGCAGCCAUAUUCCUCAGAUUACGAUGAAACAUUUACUUGCUGGAUUUGUCAGGAGGAACUGAGCAGUGCUUCCCAGCUCAUUAACCACUAUGAGGAACACAUGAAAACACUUUGCAUGGCCAAAACAAAAAUGUCAAAUUCUGGGAAAAAGCCAUAUCAGUGCAAAACUUGUGACCAGUGUUUUGCAAAAAAAGGAAAUCUACAAAGACAUGAGAGAUCUCACACUAGAGGAAAGCCAUACCAGUGCAAAACCUGUGACAAGUGCUUUCAUAGACAAGGAGAUCUAGAGGUCCAUGAGAGAUCCCACACUGGAGAGAAACAAUACCAUUGCAAAACUUCCGACCAGUGUUUUACACAGAAAAGAAAUCUACAAGUUCAUAAUAGGUCUCACACUGGAGAGAAGCCAUACCAGUGCAAAACUUGUGACAAGGGGUUUGCACAAAAGGGUGAUCUAACAGUACAUGAAAGAUCCCACACUGGAGAGAAGCCAUACCAGUGCAAAACAUGUGACAAGUGGUUUGCACGAAAGGGUGAUCUAAGAGUACAUGAAAGAUCCCACACUGGAGAGAAGCCAUACCAGUGCAAAACAUGUGACAAGUGGUUUGCACAAAAGGGUAAUCUAACAGUACAUGAAAGAUUCCACACUGGAGAGAGGCCAUACCAGUGCAAAACUUGUGACAAAGGGUUUGCACAAAAGGGUGAUCUAACAGUACAUGAAAGAUCCCACACUGGAGAGAGGCCAUACCAGUGCAAAACUUGUGACAAAGGGUUUGCACAAAAGUGUGAUCUAAAAGUACAUGAAAGAUCCCACACUGGAGAGAGGCCAUACCAGUGCAAAACUUGUAACAAAGGGUUUGCACAAAAGGGUACUCUAACAGUACAUGAAAGAUUCCACAUUGGAGAGAGGCCAUACCAGUGCAAAACUUGUGACAAAGGGUUUCCACGAAAGGGUGAUCUAAGAGUACAUGAAAGAUCCCACACUGGAGAGAAGCCAUACCAGUGUAAAAGUUGUGACAAGUGGUUUAGUGAUAAAGGAAAUCUACAUAGACAUGAAAGAUCCCAUACUGGAGAGAAGCCAUACCAGUGCAAAACUUGUGACAAGUGGUUUGCACAAAAGGGUGAUCUAACAGUACAUGAAAGAUCCCACACUGGAGAGAAGCCAUACCAGUGCAAAACAUGUGACAAGUGGUUUGCACGAAGGGGUGAUCUAAGAGUACAUGAAAGAUCCCACACUGGAGAGAAGCCAUACCAGUGCAAAGCUUGUGACAAGUGGUUUACUCAGAAGGGAACACUUAAAAGGCAUGAAAAAUUGCACUCUGGACAGCAGCCAUAUUCUUCAGAUAACAAUGAAACAUUUACAUGCUGGAUUUGUCAGGAGGAACUGAGCAGUGCUUCCCAGCUCAUCAACCACUAUGAUGAACACAUGAAGUUGCCUUGA